AAAAAAAAAAAAAAACUAUUCCUGUUUUCGUGUCAACAAGGAUCGGACGCAAAAAAUGGCCGCACAUGCGUCGAAGGACGCCGCCGCACUGGAGGGUGUAGUGCUGGCGGCACUGGGAUCUCUGUACCAGCCCCACGUGACGAACCCGCAGGAGACGCAGGCGGCCGACGCCUUCCUUCGGGGCUUCCAGCUCACUCCCGCAGCCUUCGACGUCUGCUCGUCGCUUCUAGACCAAUUGUUACAACAAGCGCGACACACAUCGGGAGCGUUAAAUUCGAGCAGCAUACCCGCCGUGUUCUUUUCGGCGCAGACGUUGGCCAUUAAGCUUCGACGUCAGCCUUUGACUUCAGCCUUGGACGCCGGCACUUGGGCCAAGCGAAUCGUAACCUGGUUAUCCUGCGACAUCAGACUACCGAAAAUGGUGGUUACGCAGCUUCUGCUCGCCCUUGUAGCCACACUACCGCGUCUGCAACCACAAGACCUUAAGCUACAAGCUACUCAAGCCGUAGACAAGAGCGCCAGUCAAUUAUACGCGGUGGUACGGGAAAAUUACACCCAAUGCAACGGCCAGAGUGUAGUGGGGUACGCUCUGUUACACUUGGUCCAGCAAAACGUAACCCCUACAGUGCUAGCCGAGUUACUGCUACUAUUGGUUGAAGAAGUGGACACUUUAGCCGAACGCAGCGCCAGACAGAGAAUGCAGGACGAAGUGGACGCCUGGGCACCCGCAGUACUGGACAGACUGCUGCCUCAGGUGAUGCACGAGGCGAGUAACCCAGGAGUGGGCACUUGUCCGGACAGCGUAGAGACUCAAGAGACUGUUCUGCGCGCUCUGACGAGCUGGUUACGUUACGUUAAGGUGGACGCCGAGGCGGUGGUGCGUAACCCCUUGUUACACUCGUUACUGGGCUUCCUAGCUCGAGACGAUCUGUUCGAUGCAUCGGUGGACUUAGCUGUGCAACUUGUGAGAUCUUAUGCUCACUACAGUGUCGUAGUACAGUGGCUCGCACCUAGAUUAUUAUCUUUAAGAGGUGCUUUUACCUCGGCAGCUGAAGCAGAAGAUAUGGACGCGUGUUUGGGCCUGUGUAGGAUUUUCACCGAGAUGGGAGAGGCCUAUUUGGAGCUGCUAUUAGGCGCUGGGAAUGAUACUGCGCUGGUGGAUUUACUACUGGACUGUAUGAGUUAUCCAGACGCCGAAGUGGCGGACGUGACGAUCCCGUUCUGGUUCAGACUGUUGGAAGAGCUACAGCGUCGUGUUACACCCGCAAUUCUGGCUCAAUAUAAGCCCAGACUCGAGAGAUUAGCAGGUCUGUGUAUGCAGAAACUGCAGUUCCGAGAAGAAUUCCCCACUCUGCCGGUGGAUAAGCAACAGGACUUCAAGACAUUCCGUCAAGAACUCGGAGAUAUCCUACGUGAUUGCUGUCAAUUGCUGGGUGUUGAGGCUGUGCUGCAGCAUUGCGUCAAUGGACUGAACCAGAUCUUCCAAACACCAGCAGAGUCGCGCAGUUGGGAGGCUGUGGAGGCGCAUCUGUACUGCUUCCGGUCAAUUGCACGUGAGGUGGAGAGAGCUAAGACGAACGUGGAUGCUCUGGACGCGCCGAUUUCGCUCAUUUUUCAGCAUCUGCCGCAGUUCGCUGACCACCCUGCGAUCUGCUACACGUCGUGUCUGAUAGUAUCACGUUAUGCGGAGUGGUUACGCUCACAUCCUUCGUCGCUGUCCACUCAGGUGAAUUUUCUUAACACUUGUGUGACCAAGAGCGCGGGAGAUGCUCGAUACGGAGAGUGGGAAGUGGCCAGAGCGGCUGCGUCUGCUGUUCGAGCACUGGCGAUGGACUGCUGGUCGAUACUUGGAGCAGAUAUUGUCGCUUUCUACCUGCAUAUUGAGCAGAACGAGCUCAUGGCUGUGGAAGACCAAGUAUUAAUUCUCGAAGGUAUCUGUGCUGGCGUGGCGAGCUCGAAUGACAUGCCUCGUACUCUCUCAGUUCUAGAUCAAGUUAUGAAGGGAAUCGGCCAACGACUCACUGCUCUGUUCGCGUCGAGUUCAGCUAAGAGUCAAGUGCAAGUCGCACUGAACGAGCUAUUGCGGUUAAUGUGUCUGUACGAGUAUCUCGACAUCAGCAGGCUCCACGGAGAGAAGCACCCGCUCGUGAUGCUGACGGAGCAGUUGUGGCCGCUGUUUAAUCAGAUGUUGGCUCUGUAUCGCGGCCAUGAUGAGCUGGUGGAGCGUGUGUGUCGCUGCUACAAGCGUAUUCUUCGUACAUGCGGCGAACAUAUCGCUCCAUUACUGCCGCAACUUGUGGACAAUUUGCUGGCGUUUUACCAAGCAGAACCCAAGAGUUCGUACCUGUACACAGCCAGUAUGGUGCUCAAGUUCUUCGCUCACAGCGUGAGCGAGAUGGAUCCUCUGUUCGCUCGAAUGCUCUUCACGUUGAUCGAGACCACGACGCCCAUUUUUGCCAGUGUGAACGACAUGGAGACGCGUCCGGAUGUGGUGGAAGAGUUCUUUUACCUGAUGGAGAGAGCGGUGCGAUGUGUGCCUCAAGUGCUGGCUGCUGUGCCUGCUGGAGGGCAGAGCUGUCCGCUUAUGACCAGUGUGUUCUCGUGCGCUGUGUCUGCGCUCGCGAUCUCGCACAAUGACGCCAACAAGGCGGUGCUGUGCUUCUUGGAGCAAGUGUACGUGCAGUCUCAGUCGGAGGACGCUCGUGUGAAGCUGGUGACGUUGUGUGUGUCUAACACGGCGGUGUCUGAUAGCAACAAAAUGCUGGUAAGUUAUCUACUUCGAGGUGUGGUUCUCGGUGCUAUGUCGCCUUCACGAGUGGACGCAGACUAUGGCUCGGCAGCAGGAGUGUUGGUGCAGUUAGCGAAGGUGAAUGGGCAGCAGCUUCAGCUGUGGAUUGCGGAGUGGUUUGAACAGGCCACGGCUGGGACGUUUGCGACUGCUGCGGUUAACUUUCUCACGCCAGAGGAGGCUCAGCAGUUCCAGAGCGACCUGUUUAGCGCUGUCAAUGAACGCGCAUUUAGACGUACCGUCCGUCAUUUUGGAAAGCUCUGCGCUUCUCGCAACACAUCACUCAAGGACUGUGAGCGCCCGUAGGCUACAAGGAACAGGCCGUUCGCUUCGAGUUCCUGUGUUAGAGUGCACCACUGGGCUGGUCUGUGUCGGCGCUGGGCGUUCUAGACAAGUGCACGUCGAUGGCGUAGGCGGAGUUGGUAGAUUGCUGGCUGUCGCCUCUGUUCGUGGUGUCGUCUUCAUGCAUCAGCGCUCCAUCGUAGUUCCACGCGACGUCUUCCUCGUAGGUGCCAGCGUUCCACGAGCUAGGGUCGUAUGCGUUGUUAUCACCCCAAGUGUAUUCUGCGCCGUCGGCGUCCGCAAGCUGUUCUUCAUCGUGAGCAGCAGCAUAGCCGUUAUCGCCAGAGGUGGCUGUGGUCCAGUCGUCUACAACAGGAGCAUCAGACGUGUAAACCUCCGCAGCAUCAUACGCUACUGGGCAUGCCACGUCGCUUCCUGCUUGCUGAUCUGGAUUAAGAGCAGGUAGCUCCGAGUCGCCAGGUUCUAUAGCUUCUGCAUCUCUUCGAUCCUCGACAUCGCUAGUGCUGAUGCUUGUAUCUGGUGCUACGUUGACUGUAUCCGGCGGUGUUGGCACAUCAACGCCAUUCGCACCAGUCUCUUGGAAGACCUCUUCGCUGGAAUCUCCACUCUGCAAUGCACCGGAUACAGUCUGAUGAAUAUCGCUAGACCUCUUGGCCGGCGAAGUGGUCGCGCGCCGGGAUUCCGGCGCAGCUCUGUGUCUUGGCUCGGCAGAGGCCACGCGUCGGGUAUCACGAUUAGCUGGAACAGCGUGAACUGUGGCGACGGACGCAUGCCGGUCAGACUGACGGACGUGGUCAAGCCCUGGAAUCUCUACUUCACUAGCGUGAACUGCCUCUUCCUCAUCCUCCCUCUGUCUUCUAGCGAGGUUGUCAAGGUGGUCCGCUAACGUUGCAAGUUGUGCCUGCAUGAUCUCUGGAGAGCACGUAUCGUAGAGUUGCUGGGCGGUGACGUGGUGUAGUAAGCCCGCGAAGCCUCGACAGAAGAGACCAAGUAGCUCGAGCAUCAGUCGGUCUUCAGUCUGCUGUGCUGCUUCACGCUCGUUGUUUACAACAACGUCACUGACAGUUCCGUUGCUCGCUGCUUCAGAGGCUGUGAGAGUGAAAGGCGACGCUGACAAUCGUGCUUUAGCUACUCGAGAGACCUGAACCAUUCCAAGUGGCAGCGCUGUGUUCCAUGGCGAGAGAAUCGGGGCGAGAUACAAGCCACGAGCGCCCCCAGGGAUAUCCACAGUGUCGUUAAAAGCUGCUUCUGCUGACGGCUCGGGGACUACGAUCGAUACUGCGUCGCUGCGUAGCAGGAGAGCGCAGAGAGAAGCGUGGGCGUUGACGUAGCGGCGAACAAGAGCGGGAGAGCUGCUGUCAUCCGCUUCACGCUCGCCUGCGUGCCACAACUUGUGAGCAGCAGCAUCCAACACGAAGAUGCGGAUCUGUUUGAUACCCAGACAGUCUCCUAGCUCCUUCUGUGCCACUGCCACAAGCUGCACUAGCGAUGGAGUCUCUGAAGAUGUCGAAGCUUUGGCGACGAUAUCGCUUGUCAUUUGCAGGAUCUGGUGCGUCUUGUGGUUAAUUUUCUGCAGCGUUUUAGUCACGGCUGUUUGACGCAGUAUAAUUCCCGCUUGGAUAGCCAGUAGACUGCCGAGAAUCUGGUCAUUGGAAGAGAAAGGCUUCUGGUGCGUGGUGUUCCAAGCGCGAAGAACUGCAAACACUCCGAGACUGUUGUUCACCUUGACGUGAGAGUCAAGGUAAAGCUGAAGUUCGUGGACAAUUGGAAGAGCUAAAACCUCCCGUGACGUCGUGCCUGUGACCGAGUCUGUUGAGCUGUAGAACCGUGGAUCGUCGUUGGCACAGUGCACGUUACACAGCGUAUUGUGUCGCACAGCGUACCCCGCGAUUCCUUUGUCCAGUGGCAAUUCCCAACGCUCAAUUCCACGUUCAGAGCACGUGGCGAUCAGCUUGUGGGUAGCAUGAUCGACAGUGAAUAAAGCUGCAUGCUCGCAGUGUAACAAUUCACACACGCGCUUAAGUAACCUGUUACAGGAUAAGGAUUAAAGACGAUAGGUAUAGCGUUUCAGAGCGAGAGACUCACGUCUGUAGGACGGUCGGAAGAUGAGUGGAGCACACGACGUGGACGCAGCUAUUGAGCCACUUCUUGAGCACCACAGACAAGUUGAUGGCGUUGGUGAUACUGAACUGCGAGUCCACUUUCUCCAACACUUUUAAGAUGUUGGGAUCAAUGUAUUGAUAGGCUUCGGCAGUCACAAGGUGGCUGGCUGUACCGAGAAAUGUCUGGACAGUCUGCAUCCUUGCCGAUGACCCUGCUCUUCUCGGAGUCGACAAGGUGAUCGAUACUGGUGACGCGCUGGUGGGUCGAUUGUUGUCGCCUUCGGAGCGUUUCUUAGACUUGGUUAAGCGAGAGACUUGAUCUGUGUCACUAGCUGCUUCGUCAUAGUCGUCUUCUCGACUUUUGGCCUCGCUCAUGUGCUGUAAAGCUUCAAUCUCGGCUUUCAAACGCUUGAUCUUCUUCUCCUGGUUAGACGUUAGGGUCUUAUCCUCAGCAUGGCGUGCUUCUAAAACCUACAGCAGGUUAACAUACAGGAUAGUAUCAUCAGUAAGCUGUAUCAAAAAGGUUUAGGAUGCAACGAG